AUGAUUUUACUAUAAUAUCUACUUAUUUUCAUAGGUUUGCUUUUUAAAUUUGUUUAUUGUAUAGCUGACACUUUGCCGUUUUAACUUGAAACUGGUGUGUACUAUAUAAAGGAGACUAACGCAAUUGUUUACAAAGGACCGAAAGAUAAUAAAUGGAGAUAUAGUACUUUGGAUAUAAAAGCAGGUAUUACAUAAACUUAUAUAAUUGAUGGAAUGCUUGAGUUAAGUGGUUUUUAUACUUAAUAUUUUCUUUAAAAUAAUUAAUAGUACCUCUACUUUUAUAAUUAAGGUGAUGAUACUUAUUAAAUAAUUGAUUUAAGUAUACUAACUAGUAAAGGUUCAACAACUGCCAUAAUAAAUAAGUAUACAAGUGCCAAAGGAUGCAAAUUUUAUUAAUUAGUAUCAAAAUAUGAAUCACUUUAUUACUAAAGUUGCGCUGUUAAUGUAGAUAGUUACAUUUGGAAAGCGUCUUCUUUGGAAGGCUUAGAAACUGCUACUUCUCCUGUAAAAUUCACCUAUUAGAGAUAUACAAAGGAGUAUAUGGUAAUCGAUGAAACUUUUCUAGCUUAUAAAGGAAAAGAAUAUACUAAUUUUGUAUCUAUAAAGAGUAUUCAGAGUAUAAAAUUAUAUGAUCUAAAAUAUGAUAUAUUUUUAUUCGAUUUUUUACUCUGUAAAGCAACUAUGACUGGAAUUACUUUUGAAUGCUAAAUAAAAUAUGAUUUAGGCUUAAGUUUUGCAAAUUUAUAUGACUGUGUCAUAUCUAAAGUUUUCAACUCAAAUGGGAAAGAUAUAAUAUUUGUCUUUAACUACAAUACAAAUAAUUAUGAAUUUUUAGAGGCUUAAACAUUUAAUACUAUAUCAACUAUUGGAGAUAGAAUAAAUAUCGUAUCUUAAUCUCUAUAUUUUUUAUAAAUCAAAAACUAUUUUUAUUUUAAAAGUUAUCUUUAUUCAUUCACUUACAAUUCUUAGUCAGCAAAUCUUAAUAUUAAACUAAUAACUUCAUCUUUACCUUCUCCGUAUUAUUCUUAUACUUAUUAUAAUUUUGAUGAAUAAAACUUUUAAUAUGGAAAUUUUUUUUUUUUGCGUUAAGAUUAAAAAGUUUUAUAAAUUGUAAAUAUUUAAUCUAUUUACUGCCCAGCUGGUUGUUAAUAUUGCCCUAUUUAAAACCAUAAUUAAUGCUGUAGUUCAAAUUGCAUAGAAUGUAAUGAUGAAAAAACUUGUUUAACUUGCAGUACUGGAUAUAUAUUGUAAUUAGAUUAAACAUGUGAUAUUAAAACUUGUCCUAUUUCUGCUUAAAUUGAUAACAUUAAUAAAAAGUGUAUAUGUGAUCCAAAUGCAACUUUUAUUAAUAAAGAGUGUAAAUGUAAUAAUUCUUAUUAUUUGAGUGGUAAUUAGUGUUAAAAGUGUUAAUCUAAUUGUGAUAUUUGUUAAAACUCAUCAAAUUGUUAGUAAUGUUCAUCAGGCUUCUAUUUAUAUCCAAAUGGAUCAUGUCAAUUAUGUGAUAUUCAGAAAGGGUUUUAUAUCAAUAACAAUAAUUGUAUUUCUUGCGACUCAUCGUGCUUAACUUGUGAAGGAAGCAGUUAAUAACAAUGCACAAGUUGCUAUGAUGGAUUUUCUUUAUUAAAGAAAUAAUGUUAAUAAGUCUAUCUAAUAUUAAAUAAUUCAGUUUUAAGCUAAGAUUAAGUUCAAAAUAUAGAUUAAUCUUCAAAAACAGUUUCUAGCGUGUAAACAUAUAGCUCAUAUUCUUAGAAUAUAGCUAUGAGUUUAUUAAAUUAACAAAGUUUUGCUAUUGUUAUUUAAGGAUUAGUUAAUUAUAAACUCAGUUUUCUUGCUUUAAUUAGCAUUAAUUUACCAGAUCUUAUUUAUAUGGUUAUCAAAAAUCAAAAAGAUUAGCUUCCUUAAAAGUAAUUUUAAGUUCUGAAUGUAUUUAAAAGCUACUUAGAUGAAAACUAGAUAGAUUACUGUGAUACCAAAUUUUAUUCUGCUGAUUUGCCUGAUAAUAUAUUAUUUAACUGUGGGUCUGGAUUAAUUUUAUUUUUUAUAAGUCUCUUUACUUUUGUUUUAUUUUAUCUUUUAAUAGAAAAAGUAUAAAAUAAAUUUAUUUAAAAUUUAUCUACAAAAUUAUAUGAUAAUCUCAUAAGCUCAUUCGUAAUAUAAUACUUCUAGCUUUGCAUCUUAAUUUUUGUAGUUGGUAUCAAUGCAUAAAUAAAAUAUUUCAUAAACAACAAUAUUGAAAGUAAAGAAAUGAACUUAUGUCUUUCUAUUGUAUUGAUAUUUAUCUCCUUUAAAAUAUUUUAAUAUCUGUUCUACUAUCUAAAUAGAUAAUCCAAAGAUAACUAAAGUAGGACUUUUUACAUUAUUAAUAGAGAUAAAAUUUAGAACCAAACAAUUUAUGAGUGCCAAUUAAGAAGAAACUACCUUUUGAUCAAUCUUUUUAUAGAAACUUUUCUUCUACCUACAUUUUUUAUACAGUUUAGUGCUUAAUGGAUGGUAGUAUGUAUAAUAUCAAUCGUGCUUUAUUUAGUUUAACUAAUUAUUACUAUUAUUUACAGACCAUUUAUUUCUAAGCUUACAAAUGCUUUUUUUAUUAUAAACCAAUUUUUUUGGCUUGCUCUAUUUAUUGAAUACUUAAUUGUCUGUUGCUAUUGUUCAAAGUCUGAUUAUUAGGAUUACGAAAGUGCCAUCAACUAUUCUAGUCUAAUUUUAGUGCUUAAUGUUUUCAUCAUAUUGCUCUUAUAACCAGCUUAUGGGUUUCUAUAAAUUUUAGUAUAAAUAUAUGAUUUUGUUAAAAGUAAAUUGAGGUCAAAAGAAUAAAAUGCUUUUUAUGAAAUGCAAUCAAUAUAAUUAAAUUAAUAAUAGCUUAUGCCUUCAAGCUAAAUUUAAGAAAAAUUUUUUGUCUAAAAAACAAAUCAUUAAAAAAAUAUUUUUAGAUUCAAUCAUUAAAAGUAAAAAAAGAAUUAGUAAGAAUAUUAAAUUUAAAAUUGA